AUGGAGGACUUCAACAAUAUUCCAGUAGCCGCAGGCUUCAGCCAGGUACCAUAUACUAAGCAUCAAAAAUUGUGCUUGAGGGGGAAAAAACGGCUCUCAGGAGCCCUGACCAGGGCAAAGGAAGCCUUUAACAACAAGAAAUGCCAGUUAGAAUUCCAGUCAAGCCAUGUCACACUGGAGUUCAAAGGAACUUCAUUGGAACAAGUAGAUGGCAGCAGGGGUCUGGGGGAGCCCAGUAAUCUUGCCAGUGGUCCUGCCUUUGAAUCACUUCAAUCCAGCUCCUCUGAUACAAACCCAGUGUCUCCUCUUCCUUUAUGUACCGCUCUAUUAUCCCAAUCAUCCAACCCGACCAUCUCAGUUCUCGAAGCCGAUAAUUCUCAUCUUAAACCAUUCACUGUGAAUGGUAGCUCUCACCCUCCAGCUAGUACAUGCAUGCAGUCCAUUCGUGAUCGUGUCAAGAGAUUUUUUAACACACCACGGAACAUGUUUGGACUAUUUCGCCGAUUUCACAGAGAGGAGCUACCAUCACAUGACCCUGAGGACUCAGAAGACUCGGAUACCUCGGAAGACACGCCCACUCCAUUUCGAGUUGAAGGACAUAGUGAUCAUUCUUUCAGCCCGUACCCAAACAAAAGUUGCUUCCGUCUGGGAGACUGGUAUUGGAAUUAUAGUGUUCAGAAGUCGCAGAAAUCUUUCAGGCAGCUCAUUGAUAUCAUUGGAAACCCAUCUUUUUGUCCUGAAGACAUUCAAAGUGUGAAGUGGAGCAAAAUCAACAAGGACUUGGGCCUCAAUAAUCUCAAUGGUGAAUGGCUGGAUCAGGAUGCAGGCUGGCAAAAAACACCUGUAACCAUUUCAGUUCCAUUUCAUAGCAGAUCAGCGGACCCUGGGACUCAUGACCAUCAUGUUACUGAUUUGUUCCAUCAUUCACUUAUUCAGAUCCUUCGCAAUAAGCUCACAAACCCUCAUGAUGACCAGCUUUUUCAUUAUGAGCCAUACAAACUAUUCUGCCAUCCAAGUGAUCAAUUGCACGAAGCUCGAGUCCACAGCGAGGCUUAUACUUCAGACACAUUUCUGAAAACUCAUUAUGAACUUCAAGAAUCCCCACCACAGCCCGGGUGCAACCUUCAACGUGUGGUGGCUGGUUUUAUGUUUUCGUCAGAUUCCACCCAACUUACUUCCUUUGGUAAUGCAAAACUUUGGCCGCUAUCAUGCACCAAAUUCUCAUCUUCAACACCACUUUAUGUUUAUUUUGCCAAUGAAUCCAAGUAUUGUUGCGCCAAAUCAUCCUGUCACUUGUGCAACCAUGCAGUCUAUUUUCAAUCCCUCCCAGACAGUUUCAAAGAUUUUGCAAAGACUCACACCAGCAACAGCAAGCUUACUAGCACCUUCAUGACACAUUGUCAGUGCAAGUGUUUUCAUGCACAAUGGUGUAUUCUACUUGAUGAUGAAUUCCUAUAUGCAUAUCAGCAUGGUGUCAUCAUCAAGUGUUGUGAUGGCAUUGAUCGUCGAUUUUAUCCCCACAUCCUAAUAUAUUCGGCAGAUUACCCUGAAAAGAUACUAAUAGCGAGUAUAAAAAACCUUGGAAACUGUCCCUGUCCUCGGUGUUUAACACCUAUGACUUUGGUUCCCAAUCGGAAGAAGGUUGCAGUUGCUUGUGAUUUGAUUGACAAGAAGAAUUAUGCUGUGAACAGCAACAAAGUUAAUGGAUUCCUGAUGGCCAAAUCCUUAUUUCUAACUUUGAAAGCAUUCUCCCACAGGCUGGGUCCAUUGGGUUUCAAUGUAUAUUUGAUGUUUGUUGUCAAUUUUAUGCAUGAGGUCGAGCUAGGGGUGUGGAGGUCCCUUUUUGUCCAUGUUCUAUGGAUAUUAGAUACCGUCAAUGGGGGGCUCUUAGAUAGAAUGGAUCUAAGAUAUCGCCAGAUCCCAACUUACAGAAGUGAUACUAUCCGGCAAUUCACAACUAACACAUCUGAAAUGCGGAGAGUGACAGCCCACCAUCUUGAAAACUUGCUACAGUGCGCCAUUCCUGUAUUCAAUGGCUUAAUUCUGGAACCACACAACACUCAAAUAUUGAGCUUGCUACUCUGCAUAGCUCCUUGGCACGGUUUAGCUAAACUAUGCAUACAUACUGACAAUACUCUGAAAAUACUAGAUGCAGUAACUAAAAGUCUAGGUGAUAAAUUGCAUAGAUUUGCUGCAAAUACUUGCUCUGCCUUCUGUACUAGGGAACUCCGGGGCAAAGCCGAUGCACAAAGGCGCCGUCAAAUCCAGCAAGGCACUGACAUUCAGUUGACAUCAUCAGGAGCCGCCCAAAAACCCAAGACAUUCAACCUACAAACCUAUAAACUCCAUGCGCUUGGGAAUUAUCCUGCACAAAUCAGGUUCUUUGGCACUACAGACUCCUAUUCUACUGAGCCCAUAAAGCACUGGACAGGGAAGUCUAGAUACAAAAAAACCAGCAAGAAAACCUACACUGAACAGCUUACUCACAUUGAGCGUCGGGAGGCCCAUAUACAUCUCAUGUGCCAGAAGCUCGGCAUGUCUUCUGAGGAUUGUGCUGUCGCUGCUGAUCAGGAGGCCAGCACUCUUGAUGACCAUCAUCACAUAGGGAAGUCUCAAAAUUCACCUUUGCACAUCACAUUCCCCUCCAAAAUGUACUCCCGCGAUCCAGCUUGCACGGAUUUUGUACCAAACCUCAAGGUUCACUUACCCCAUUGUAUGCAAUCAACUCUUCUCGCUCCUAUUGUUUCCAAGUGUCACCUUAAUGAUCCCUCACCAAACCAGCAACCUUCCAUUCAAGUCAUAUUAAAAAAUGACAGAAUAUAUACUCACAGCAUCUUUUGCAUCAACUACACAACAUACAACAUCCGCCGAGCACAAGAUGUUGUUAACCCACGCAUGGAUCAUUGCAAUAUCAUGUUACUAGCUCCUCUGGAUGGAUUUGACACCAAUCUGUGGUACGAAUUGUGCGGUCCUUUGGACAGAGAAACAGACUCAGGCUGGUACAAACUCAACAUGCUAUGUUUUGUUCCCAUGGCUGAAGAUGAUGCUUUUGGCUUCGUCAACCCAGCCAAUGUUCUGCGGAGCUGCCACCUAGUACCAGCAUUUCAUGAAGGGAAAUUACAUCCCAAUGGAAUCAGGAUGUCCAAAUUUGCUCAGGAUGCACAAGAUUGGUGUUAUGCACAAAAAACCUACCAAUAUGUUUCUUACAGGUUUGUAGAUCGAGACAUGAUGAUGCAGUAUCAUUGGGGCUUGGGGAUCGGCCACACAUAUGCCCGCGUCAAUUACCAGUCAGAUCAGCUUGAUAAAGAUAACGGGGAGGACAGUGAUGUAUUUAUUGAAGAGGACGUCAAUCUAGAAUUCACACUGCAAGACUGUGAAGGUGAAGACUUUGGCUACAAUCAAGACUCAGAUGAGGACUCGGACACUGACAAAUUGUUACUGGAUCUAGAUGGGACAGAUGUAGUAGGAUACAAUUAUGAUUAG